ACCGCUGCGGAGACUCCUGGGAUCUAUUUCGCGAAAUCAGUAUACUAACUCGUCUCUAGCACUCCGGUGUCCUCCUCCAGUACUACGGCCUGACUGAGGCCAACUACUACACCGUUCUCUUCGGUGUCUCCCGUGCUCUGGGUGUCUUGCCCCAGCUGAUCAUUGACCGUGCUCUUGGUGCCCCCAUCGAGCGCCCCAAGAGUUUCAGCACCGAGGCCUACGCCAAGCUUGUCGGUGCUAAGCUGUAGAUUUGUCAAUGAUAUGAAACCCCCCCGGAGGAUGUGGAGUUUUUGUUACGAAUAAACACUUUAUACUUUGUAUUAUGCCUAUCUUAUUCUUGGAUUAUCCCUCUUUUUUUCUUUUUGCCUGGGAUUUGCCAAGUGUUGGGGUUGGCUCGAUUAAUGUAUGAUAGGACAUGGUUCGAGUGAGCCUAGUAACAACACUUUUAACAUGAUCAGUCAAUUUCCAAAGACAUUCCGGUUGCAUUCCUGCCUUUCUUCCUAUCUUUCUUCCUUUUUCUUAUUUCCCUCUCUAAUCUGUUUGUUUUCCUCACUCUCUUCACCUAAUCUGCGUGCCAUGUUGUACACGGGCUUUGAGAUGGAAUGGGCUCUAUCCACCUAAGUAGGUAGACUGAAGGGUGAGCGCGGCUGGUGUGAAGUAGACAGGCA